AUGAGUGUUACUCAUUUUUACAAUUUAUAUUGUGGAAUCACUGAUAAUACUUCGUCUCAAAUCACUCUAGGACACACUCCUUCUAUCUUAUUUGACGCACAGAUUCAGGCCGAUCUUUCUGAUAAAAUGCGCUUAUUUCUUCACUCUUCCCAACUUUACUUAUCCCAAAAUUCAACUCUCGAAUCGUAUUUCCCUGUCACUCCAUAUAUUAAUGAAGAUUUACCUCAAGAAAGCACAAUUGACUUACCACUCCAGCCAUCUACACCCAAUCUGAUUCCGGAGACCGACGAUCCAGAAACUGGGCACAUGUACAUCGACGAUAGAUUCUUUAAAAACCAAGCCAAGGAGAGACUGUGCUGUACCGACCAUGUUUCAGAGUUUCUAGAAAACGACAAUAUGAUCCUCCGUUCAGGAAACAAUGUACCCAUUCUUCCCUUCAAAGAUACUUGCUUCUACCCCACCUCACUGGAAUACUGGGAGGAUAAUAAAUUCUCAAUUAUUCCCUUUGACUACUCUGAUAGCGUACCCUCCCUUUCAUCGUGCUCUGAAGAAAAGACAUUCUUUGAUGAAGAUUUUACGGACCAGUUAUCUCAGUCAAACUUCUCAAAUGUAACAGAAAAUUUAGAGUGCUGCAAAGCAGAAAGUCCUUCAGCCUGUCUUCAACCUUGUGCAAAUGCUGAAAUGAGUAAAGUUAAUGACUCUAUCCCACUUGAUCCAGAGCCUGUCAUAAAAGAGGAGAGCAAAAGUCCUUCUAUUCACUCGUCUCUUCCUCCACAAGAAAAACUACCUACAGCUGACAUCAAACCCAAGAGUUUCAAAAACACUUUUAAAAAUGAAAACUUCUUCCUCAGACCAACCGUAAAGAAAACUCCUACUUGUGCUGUCAAAGACAAUUUCCGAGAUUCUGUAGCAAGCGUAAAGAGAACUGCGACAUCAUACGAUUCCGAGACAACAAAGUAUCUCAAGUCAGUCUUUUACAAUAUAUAUAGCAAAACCAACAAACUUUCAAAGACACAGCGCCGAGAUCUCCAAGAGAAUACUGGUCUUUCACCCAGAAGUAUCACUUACUGGUUUUCUAAUCAUAAGCGCAGACACCCAAAGGAUAUUCAAGCAUUUAAAAAGACUAUCGCGGACUCCAAGGGAAAGCUCAAAACAUACGAAGAUUUCUUACAUGUUCAGUUACAAAGCACCAAGAAGACUGUCUUAUAA